UUCCUACCGACAGAAAAAGAGCUUUGCACAUCAAGAUCAUAGUCGUGAUUGCAGCAUCAUAUUCAGUCAACCACGACUAUUCCAAAUCGACAACCUGAAUCUUAUGCUAAGAACAGUAUUCCAGCCACCACAUCACAUCAAUCCCACUGCUAAACUCUCCUUGGGCGCAUACCGCUGAGUAAUCCCUUCUCCAACUCUCACCUACCGAGCUUCCCAAGAUCAAGAGCAAAGAUCAACCCAAGACAAACCGGAAUAAAGCACCACAGCCAAACCCCUUAUCUCCGAGCCUCGCUUAUAUACAACCUACAACAACGAUAAACCCGAUCCGAGUCGCCAGAUAUUGAAUCCUCAAGUGCCUCGUCUAUACAGCCCGACUCCAGAAACGGACACAAGAUCAAAACCGUUACCGACAGGUUGGAUCACCACACCUCAAGGAGGCAUCAUGUCCUCCCGGCCCCCACAAGCUCCCCAGCGCGGGUACAGCACCGGCAGCGGUAGCAGCAACAUUCAUGUCAACCCGAAGCCAACGAACCCCCCGAGAAACCUUCAUCAUCUAUUACCUAAGGGAGCCGCAGCUUCUAGUCGGCCGCAACUACCUAUCAACAAUAGCUGUCAGCUUCCGCCCACUCAAGCUCAGAAACGGACUAGGGUCCUGCUAUCUUGUGGUCCUUGUAGGACCAGUAAGCAAAAAUGUGACCGCCAACAACCCUGCAAAAACUGCCUCAAAAAAGCCCGUCAAGACCUCUGUAUCUACGCCCCAAAACCAGAAAAAGCCCGCCCCGAGCGGUCCAUGGCUGCCCGCCUGAAAAGGCUAGAGUCCAUGGUCAGGGGCAUGAUGCACACCAACAACCCCAACAUCCGUGGUCCCAUCCCGGCGCUUACAUCCUCUUCUUCAGCCACUGGCCAGUAUCAAACCGACGAGCACGACGAUGAAAACGAGGAAAGCCCUGAUGAAAGAGCAGCCGCGGUCCCUGUUGGGCAGGUCGUGCUGGGAAAGAGCGGCAAGGGGAGUGCUACGUAUGUAGGGGCGACGCAUUUCAUGGCUAUGCUCGAGGAUAUCGAGGACCUGAAGAGUUACUUCGACGACGACGAUGAUGGGGAGGCAGACACCGGGGAAGCAGGCCUCGACCCUGACGCGGCGGCAGGGUUCGGCUCUUCCGACGACGCGCACUCACCUGGCUUGCUGCUGUUGUCUCACACCGUCCCGACCUGCAAGCAGGAUCUCAUCGAUAUGCUCCCCCCUCAACCGGUGGUCGAAAGGCUGACACGGCGUUAUUUCGAUGCCGCCAGCCCGACCCACCACUGCGUCCACCAGCCGACCUUUGCCAAAGAUUGUGUUGUGUUUUGGCAAGAUCCGAACAAGGCGUCUCUGCAAUGGCUGGCGUUGUUGUUCGUAAUCAUUGCACAGGGAACGUCGUUCUCCAUGUUCACCGCCCCCCAGGAACUGGCGGGCGACUCGGACGUUCCCCCGAUGGAGCGAUUCCGAGGGUAUCGUGCCGCCGCCCUUUGGGCCCUGGUGGCAGGCAAGUUCUCGUCUCCCGGACCGUCAACAAUACAACCUUUUCUCUUGUACAUCGAGUCUGAAUUUCUCAUCAACCGAACAUCCCAGAUGACCUGUUACCUGUUGAUAUCAGUCUGCAUCAGACUCAUGCUGAGAAUGGGCCUCCACCGCGACCCCGACAAGCUCCCCAACAUCCCCCCCUUUGAUGGAGAAAUGAGGCGAAGGCUAUGGCAUGUAGCCUGCCAAUUCGACCACCUCGUCUCUUUCCACAUGGGCCUCCCAAGCAUGGUAUAUAGCAUCGAGAGCGACACAGCCCCGCCCAGAAACCUCUUCGAUGACGACCUGGACAAAGACUGCCAUCAGCUACCCCCCGCCCGGCCCGACACCGAGUACACCAUGCUGACAUACCCGAUCUGGAAAUCCUCCAUCUGUCAAGUCUUCGGUCUCGUCGCCCGCCAAGCCAACUCCCUCACCCGACCCACCUACGCCGAGGUCCAGGAGCUCGACAUGCGACUCGACGAAAUAUGGAGCCAGGUGCCCCCUUUCAUGAAGAGAAUCGUGCCACCACAGGAUUAUGAUGGCGAGCCCAUCUCCCCGGUUCUGGUCAACCAGCAGUUCGGUUUGAUAUCCCUGUACAACAAGAGUCGUUGCGUGCUGCACCGUCGAUACCUCAUCGAGCCCGUCCCCAAGCCCGAGCAUACUUAUUCCCGGAGAAUCUGCCUCGAAGCCGCCAUCAGCCUCCUGGACCACCAAAACCUCAUGCACCUGGCCACGCUGCCCGGCGGCGCACUGAGGGCAACAGGCUGGUACAUCAGCGCGCUGGCCAUCCACGACUUUCUCCUCGCCGCCAUGGUCGUCUACCUUGUCCUUCAGCACGAGCCAGAGUCUGGGAGACACGACCACCAGGAGAGCAGCUGCUGGCCAAGUCUAGACCCGGCCUUGUCAGCCUUCUCAAACGAGGAGCAACUCCAAAAGAUGUUGGAGAGGUCCCAUCAGAUAUGGGAAACCAUUUCGGAAGCUGACGGCGUCUUCCGGAAGGCGACUGACAUGCUCGCCACGAUGCUGAAGAAGAUUGAACUGAAGAAGCAGCAGAACAAAGGCAAACAGCUCGCACCUGACCAGCACCACCCGGAACAUCAGGCGUACGUGCGAGACGAGGACUCUUGGCUUAACACAUCGCAAAGCCAUGAGCCCUUGUCCGUCGGCAGCCUCUCUGUGACCGAUGAACACUGGGAUUCCGAGCUUGGUCCAGAGGAGCAGCAGCACCACAUGAUGGAGGAUGUGCAGCAGCCCCUGACGCGGCAAGAUCUCAUGCCCGCAUCAUUAAUCGAUACUCGAUGGCUCGACCUGGGCAGUAUGGGGAUGGACCAAAUGGGCUGGGACACAUUUGAUAGCGCCAUCCGUGGUGAAAAUAACGUGCAUCAGCAGACGGUGGAGGACUGGAUACCAGAGGGUCCCUUGUUGGACGAUGUUCAGUUGAUGACCACCAUGGGCUUUCACGGCAGCCCGUUUGACUGGAGAGAGCAGGAGGAAGGGUAUGAAUGUUGA